AUGUUUGAUCACUCCGAAAAGGAAUACAUGGAGGGAAGUCAUCUCAGUUUGUUUUCUGGUUGCCCGCCUGAAGACGAUGGGGACGCCAGCACAGUAAUCAUGGGGGUGCCCCGCCGAGAAGAUUAUGACUAUGAUGUUGAGGAUUUCCGAAGGAGAAGAUGUACCGAUGAUGAGUCAUCCCAGGAAGAAGGUGAUGAUGACGAAAAAGAUGAUGCUUCCAACAUGACUGAUGAAAAAGACGACCAUGCCCUGGUUGAUGUUGAUAAUGCCUGGGAUAAUGACAGUACCAACUGGGAUGGAGAAGAAGAUCAUGAUAGCUGCAGUUCUGCUGAAGCCCGAGAAGCAGCUAUUCGACAAGGCAUUUGGGGUUGGAUUGUACAUAGAAUCAAAAAUGACCUCUUCCAGCAACUUUUGGCAACCAUGGCGGCUUGUUACGAAUUUGUGGUCAAAGUGUUGAAGAGGUGCAGGGGUGGCAGUGAUAGUGAUCAUGCAAAUGAUGCAGCUGAUGCUGCGCAGGAAGUAGUGGAAGCACUCGACUUGUCGACCAGCAAUCACAUGAAUUCUUCAAUGACUUCCCAAACAGGAGCAGGUGGAGGUGGUAGCGCCUCAGGCAGUGCCAGUGCCUCCGGAGCAACUGCGGGCAGCGCCAGUGGUGCUGGAGCUACCCAGGUGACUGCAGCUGUUGGCCAAAUGGCGACUCAAGCUGCUGCCAGUGCAGCUUCUGCUUCAGCAGCCGUGUCUACUGUAGCUGCUGCUAGUGCCACUGCUCUAACCACAAUUGCAAGUGCUGUGGCCUCUGCUGGGGUUGCUACUCAAGUUGGUUUCACCAUCGGUGUUGCUGUGGUAACAGCUGCAGCUGUCAGUGGUGGCAUGGUCAUCAAUUCAGCUUCUGGCAAUGGUUCCAACAUGACUGCUGCCCCUGUAGUUGUGGACAAGGAUCCUUUUGUGCCGCCAACAUGUUCUGGUUUAUCAAAACUCAAGCGAGGCUACGUUGAACUGAAGGUGCAAGGAAUACCAGGAGAUGCCUUGCCAAAACACCAGGACAAACUAGAACUACUUUUUAGAGACCUCUACAAUAACAUCACUGGAAUGUGCUUGGACCCAUAUUCACGUGUCUUGCACAAAGCUGAUCUUGUAGACUGGAGUACUGAAGACAGUGUGGUUUUCUUGGAUGGUGCCGCUAAUAGUACAGUCAACAGUUCACCCCAGACUCAGAUCAUUGUCCCUGUAACAACCACUUCUUGGAUUGCCACAGUGGCAUGCGAUGGCUGCCCAGAUCUUGAGCCCCUGUUUCAGCUUCCAGAGGAGACCUUUCCAGAAAGCAAAAAUAUUACCGGUGCUGGCAUGAAUAACUCAACAAACACCUCAUCAAGUGUUGGACCAAAGAGAGGAAACAGUUUGCUCCCUGCUAAUGCGAGCCAGGAUGCUCCCACUUCUAUCUUGUCAGGUCGGCAAUUGCAGCUGCAAGCAAACUUUGACAUGUCUCAGUUCUUUCCCCUGUUUGCUGCAUCCUUUGGUUUCACUAUAGAGCCAGUCCUGUUUGAGGAUAGCAGUGACACUGAGGCAUCGAACAGCAGAGCCCCCAUGCAGGUUGUGUUUGCUACUACAAAAGUGUCCCCUGAUAGAAGUAACGGCGACAGUACAGAAGCAAUAAUCAGUUCCAUUGGCCAGGAUACAAUCCAGCCAUUCGUAGACAGAGUGGAAGAGAACGAAGGAAUCAUCAUAAUGCCAUUCAUCUCAGAUGAGAUAUCAUCUCUUGCAAAGUGCCUGUCAGAUGAUGAUGUUGAUGAAGUAUCAAAGGAGUUUGCUUUGUGCAAAGAGCUAGAGCAGAUGAUUGCCACGGAGGACACUGAUAAUUCCGCCCUUGACAGACAAGCGUUGGCCGCUUGUUUGCAGGCGCCGAGUUAUCCAGGCUGCCAAGAACUCUUGGGUACUGCGUUGGACACUGUCAGUGACAGCAAUAAUGUGAAAGUCAAUAAUGUGGAAGGCACUGGGUUUCCAACAACCAUUUUUGAUGAUUCAACUGAAUCAGUGAAUGAAGAACCUGAGGCUGGACCCAAUGAAAUGGCCGACGUAGGGAUGAGUCCAGUGGCUGGACCCUCAUCUCUCCUUGAUGAAGGUGAAAGCACUCCAGACGCAAUGGUACCGGCCAUGCCUGCAGCUCCGAGUCAAGCAGGCUCUAUUGCCUCUGAAUACCCAGGCACUGCAUCUGAUGCUGCUCAGCAGUCAAUUCCAACUGCCUUGACACUAUCUGGACCAGGCCACUCCGACAUGAAUUCCAAUCAACUUCCACCAAGCCCUGGUUUGGCUCUGCCACAGGCUAGUAUUUCAAUUGCCAGACCAACCAUGCUACCAUCCACUUCAGGCCCAAACAAUUUGUCCCCUGUUGGCUUUAGGAAUCAAGCACUCCCCCCAUUGCCGGCACCAACUUCAGAAUCCAUAACCCAACCCAAUGCAGCCCCUUCACCUCAAAAGGGUCCUGUAUCUUCCAAUGGUCCCCCCAUGCAGUCAGAAGCAAAGCCUACACCUGCUCAAUCCGGUGUUCCACCAACAGCUGCCUUAUCUCCUGCCAAGCUGGCUUCCACGGCUCUAUCUUCUGAUACAGAAAUUGGACUUUUGGCAUUUUCAAACAAUGGAAUCUCCCGUCCAACAGCGCAAGCUGUCCAAGGUCCUGCAGCAAAUCCAACAGCUGUGGCAUCUCUGUCGCCCGUGACUUCCGUGGGACUUAACAGAUUUGCCAAUGAUCAUGGUUUUCUUUCUGAGCCCGUGUCAUCUGCACCGGCACCAAAAAGGUCUGGUCCUGGGAUCCAUGAUUUCCCUAUGGUUGCACAAACUACAGUAUUUCCAACUUCAUUACUAGCAGGAGAACUAAGCAUUCCUCAACCAACAGAUGGACCAACACUGCAACCAACAAAGGAAUCAACAGAACAGAUUAUCUUGGAGCCAACACUUCGACCGACUGGAGAGCCAUCACUUCAAUUGGAAGACACACCCACUCCCCAACCUACUGAAGAACCAACAUUUCAACCCACCAUGGAACCAACUCCUGAUCCAACCGCAGUGCCAACGCUUGAACCAACCCAGCAGACUACAACACAAAAUCUUGUGGCGCCAGCUACACAGCCAUCAGUGCAACCCACAGGAUCUCCUAACUUUUCUGCAAGGAUCCUUCUGUUAUAG